CUGUCCGUCAGCGUAGAACAGAACAGAACUUGCAGUCAGUCAGUCUGUUGGCGUUCGGCUCGUCGGAAGGUUGACCUUCGGACGCUCGCGUGGGAACCGGUUGGUUUCGGUUGUUUCGAGUGUAAUAAACUCGAAAGGAGCGGAGAGAAGUAGUGUUGUGCUGAUACGAGAAGGAAAAGUGAAAUUUUCUUUGGAUUUUCUUUGUGACUGGUAAGGUUGAGUGACAAAAGUUGUCGGAUCUUUGGAGUUUCAUAGUUGGAAAAUUAAUAUAGUUGCUGUUUGAGUUCGUUUCCCACAAUCAUUGGAGGUUUCUUUUUUGUGCUCAUCCUACGACACUGAGCGCCUGAACGUGAUCUUCUUAAUGUUAGAGGAUAAUUAAAUUACUUCAAUUAGACUCCUCAGAAACUAAACACUGAGGAAUGUCCCGGCAAUAUGUUCACGUGCCCCAAAACCUGCCAUCACCUCCGCGUUUCAGAUCCUCAUUUUUCGGGCUAAAAAUAUAUUAAGCUGUGCUCCCGGCGCCCCCCAUAAAAACUAGCGAUUAAGUCCGAAACAGUACAAAGGGGAAAGUAGCUUCAUCCGGUGGCAGCUGCUGCUGGUUCGUCAGAACCGGUUUCUCGUCCGCCCUCCCCGAAGGCGGGAAAUCCCGUGUCAUGAGCUGCUUAUAAAAGUGUGCGCGCCGGAAUUCACCUCUAAAUAAAUUAAACUCAGCCCCCGUCCGAGAACGCCGCAGACAUGGUCCGGGAAAACCUUUCUCCGGUACGACAUCAUCAACAACACCGGCAUUCUUCGGGAGCAGUGCGACGGCCUCAGUGACUUUGUCCCCCAAGAAGAGACUUUGGAGCGGCGAGAGUGGAUCCUUUCCUAGCGUAAACAUAAAAGUGUAAACAUAGCUUAUCUUAAUUAGUAAAGAGCAACAUUGUGAAUAAGCUCAACUUCCCCCACCCUCUUCUGCAGGGAGGAGUUUUCCCACCCGCCAAGGACAAAAGAAGUCCCGGAGUGAAGAAAAUUUAAUUUUAUUACGGUCGAAACGAAAUUAGGCGUUGAUGCGGCCAAGAAACGGCACAGUGACGAAGGACGACCAUCAGAAGACCUUGUCGUCGUCGUCGUCGUAGGGGGGAGUGAGUGAGUGACGAGGAAGAAGAAGAAGAAGGAAAAAGGGUCCAGGAUCUACAAACGAAAUGGCCGUCGAGAAACAACAUAUCAGCUGCUUUGCGGUGGUGGCAUUCACGUACCUGCUGAUGGCGCUAAUAAAAUGUGCGCACGGAAUUGAUUGCUUCAAAUGUGUGUCGAUGAACGGCGCGAACAAGGCCUGCGAUGACCCGUUCCACAACAACUACUCAACGGCCAUCCUGGAGUCGCCGUGCAUGGGCGGCCGGAAGGGCCGGGACGGGCUGUUUCCGGCCACAGCGUGCAUCAAAAUUGCCGGUUACUAUGAUGACACCGGCGAAACAAUCACCGUCCGAGGCUGCGCCCUGGACAGUGGCACGCUGACCACCGAUACGGAAAUCAUCCGGAUGUCCCACUGUGGUCGAUUCUUCUACGAUGACCGGUAUGUCCACGGUUGUCUGCAGAGUUGCAACGAUGCGGAUGCGUGCAACCACGGCACGAGGCCGGCGGGGUCCGGAGGUCUCGGGCUGACGGGCUUGGCCGUAGCCAUGACGAUGGUGGCGUUGAGUAGCGUGCUCUACCGUCGACGGACUCUGUUCCAGCAGGAGGCGCCACUCGUCACCGGAAGCUAACAGAGCAUCGGGACUUAGCUACUGGCGUGUCGGCGGCCUGGCCGCAGGUCUUCGGACGAUGAUUUAUGAAAACAGCGCAAAGUCGUAGCGUUCCUCUAGUUAGGGUCGAGACCGGAAGAGUCUCUCGUCGAAUAGCCGUUCAACCGUGCUACACUAGCACGCGUUAUAUGAAAUACAGAGCAAGAUGAAAAAAAAAAACAAUGUAAGCAAAUAAAAGUUUGCACUCUCGUUCAGUUUUUUGUACCACAUCACCAGCAUCAUCAUACCUGCUCACCGUUAAGCUUUGCUUCUCGCAUGUGUAUGAAAUUUACAAGUGAAACAACAACAUCAAAGAGGUAUUGACGACCAAUAGUAGCAACAGCAGCCGCAAUUACUCACACGCAGUUAGUUAGGACUUAAGGUAAAACCACGUGGCUCAUCAUUCUUCACACACACACAACAAAAACAACAAACAAUUGUAAUAACUGUAAUAAGUAAGAAUAAAUGAAUUGAGAAUCAAAAUGUAAGGUAAGGUAAGAAA